GUCUGCUGCUGCUGCUGCUCGACAUGGCACUGAGGGACGAACUUUUAAAAGCGAUAUGGCACGCAUUCACCUCGCUGGAUGUGGACAAAAGUGGCAAAGUAUCCAAAUCUCAGUUAAAGGUGCUUUCCCACAGUCUUUGCACAGUAAUGAAAAUUCCUCAUGAUCCAGUGGCUUUGGAAGAGCACUUCAGAGAUGAUGAUGAGGGACCAGUUUCCAACCAGGGAUACAUGCCGUACUUGAACAAAUUUAUCCUGGAUAAGGUCCAGGACAACUUUGAUCGAGUGGAUUUUAACAGGAUGUGCUGGACUCUGUGUGCUAGAAAAAAUCUAAACAGAAACAACCUGCUCAUUUCUGAUGACGAUGCCUUUAAGAUCUGGUGCAUUUUCAACUUUCUGUCAGAGGACAGGUACCCCUUGAUCAUGGUCACAGAGGAGAUUGAGUACUUCCUGCGCAAGCUCACAGAAGCGAUGGGAGGUAGCUGGAUCGAAGAGAAGUUUGAGGACUACAAGUUGCAGCUAAGCAGCCAACAUCAGUGCUUGAGCGUGUGGGAGCUUAUCGAGCUGGUUGGCAUGGGCCACUUUAGCAAGGGCAUGGACCGACAGACCCUCUCAAUGGGCAUUAAUGAGGUCUUCCAGGAGCUCAUUCUGGAUGUACUAAAACAGGGUUAUAUGAUGAAAAAAGGCCACAAACGGAAAAACUGGACUGAGCGGUGGUUUGUGCUCCGGCCUAAUUCAAUCUCCUACUACGUAAGUGAAGAUCUGUUAGAGAAAAAAGGAGACAUACUGCUGGAUGGAAACUGCUGCGUUGAGUCAUUACCAGAUAAGGAGGGGAAGAAGUGCCUUUUCUUUGUCAAGUGCUUAGACAAAAGUUAUGAAAUCAGUGCCUCAGAUAAAAAGAAGAAGCAGGAAUGGAUACAAGGUAUUCAGACAUGUAUAUCUCUGCUGAAGAUUGGCCGUCCGGCUCCACAUCACGAAGCUCGGCACAAGCGGCGAGAGCUGCGGCAGAAACAACAAGCUGAACAAGAGCAGCUUGAGCUCAGGAUGAAAGAGCUCCAGACAGCCAACGAGAACAAGCAGAGCGAGCUCGAGGCUAUGAGGAAGAAACUGGAGGAGGCAGCAGCCACAGCAGCCGAGGAGGAGCGCAAGCGCCUUCAGACACACAGCGAGCUAGAGGACCUGUACAGAGCUGAAAUGGAGAAGGAGAAAAUGGUACGGUUGCAGAUGGAGGAGCAGGUGGCACAGAAGUCCAGUGAGCUAGAGCAGUAUUUACAGCGUGUUCGGGAGCUCGAGGAUAUGUACCAUCGCCUGGAGGAGGCACUCGAGGACGAGAGGCAGGCCAGGCAGGAUGAAGAGACUGUUCGCAAACUGCAGGCCAGAAUACUGGAGGAGGAGGCAGCAAAACGUGCGGAGCUGGAACAUAUCCACCUCAGGCAGCAGCAGGCGAUCUCUCAGACACAAGCUGAGAAAGAGGAGCUGGAAAAGGAGCGGCUGGAAAAGGAGAACGCGCUGCAGGCCGCCAUGCAGCAGCUUCAGAGACUGGAGACGGAGAGGCAGGGAGCACUGGAGCAGUAUGAGGAAGUAAUAAAGAAAUUGGAGGAUGCUGCCAACAAUACAAAAAGCUGGAAGGACAAGGUGGCUCAUCAUGAGGGACUCAUACGUCUUAUACAGCCUGGUUCAAAGGGUCCUCAGAAGAUCACUAACUGGGGUCCUGCAGCAUUCACAGAGACAGAGCUGAAUCUGAGAGAGAAGGACUGGCAGGAUAGAAAAAACAAGCCAGCUCAGACUUAGUGAGGCUGAAAUACUCCUAUUCUAUUGUUGAUGUAAUACUUCCCUGUACAUCUAACCACUACUGAAGUGAAUACACUGCCUCUGUGGGCUGGGUUCCACCCAAAUGGACCAGUGAUUUGUACACUCUAACUCCAGUCAUACUGUAACACUGCAGGGCAUUACACCACUUUUGUGAGUCUGUCUCAAAGGGUUUCAAAAAUAAUGACACUCUAAUGAAAAUGUCGGACACCUUUGGUUAAUAUAUUGUGCUUAGUCAACACAAUCUAUAAAAAUAAUAUAUAAAAAAGUCAACACAUUCCAUGCAGGGAACGGUUUUGCUCAUUUUAACGCACAAUGUCUAUAUACUAAUAUCAAAUGUCAUAACUUUUGUACAUGCCACAUGUUUUCUUUCCAAUGUUGAAGUCUGCUAUCAAACAAAAAUUGUGCAUUAAAAUGUGCAGACGUUUGUUUUCUUUAUGUUCAUAUGUAUUUUUAGAGUCAUUAGACUGUAUCAAGCACCAUAAACUUUAAGACUAUGAUGAUUAAUUUUUUUUUUUAUUUGCCAAAGUGAUGACAGACUUUUCACAAAAGACCAAAAGCAUUCAUGGUUUGUAGGGUGAAAAGUGAAACAUUUUUUACCAAGUAACAUAAAAUUAAACAUAAAAAUAUCUAACCUACAACCUUUUGUUUCUUAAAGUACAGUAGAACCUAAGCAAAAUACAUUCAAAUAAAACUAUUUGAACUAUUGGUGGAACUAUUUGUAAUUUUUUGUACAAUGACAUUUUAUAUAGUAUUAAUUUGUUUUACUACCAGAGAAGUUCAAUCAGCAUUUAUAUUCAUGUUGUCAGACUUUUUAGUCAUAAACAGUAUUGUGUUUGCACCAAACUAACAGUGCAAUGUUCGACCUAUUGUGUUUCUAAAAAUGUUAAAACUAACAGUAGAACAACUGUACAGCUAAUACUUUACGUUAUUUAUAUUUAUCUGCUUUAAAGGUACAACAAACAACAAUACAAAAGAAUUCUUACAAAUAUGUUCCUGAUGUUUUUUGUUUAAAUUCACAUGUAAGUACUUUUUACGGACAUUUUGAAUUAUUGUGGUUUUAAUGUUCGAUGUUCUGUUGGCUGUUAAAAUGUAUGUAAUUUUACUCUUAGCA